AUGAAGGUCUCCGCACUCGUCUCAGCUCUUUUCGUCUCCGGCGCUCUGGCAGCUAUAGGCGGCUAUUGUCACGACAGUAAGGGUAACUACGGAACUUGCCAGAAGACCUCCAAGUGUAGCUCUCUCAACGGCUACACCAAGACCGGGCUCUGCCCUAAUGACCCGGCCGAUGUGAAGUGUUGCUUCUACCCGGACUGCAAUAGCAAUGGGUUUUGCCAGAAGGAUACUCUCUCUUGCAGUGGCUCAUACUCCACGUGGGCUCUCCUUACCCAAGCAUUCAUCUAA